AUGGCGGCGCCUGGUGCGAGCGGGCGCGGCGGCUGCGGCCGCCUUUCUCCACCUUCUCCCCCAUCGUACCAUUUCCUUUCUCGGCUCCUCCCCUCUUUGCCCGAGUCGCUAGCCUCCUCCCUGACCCGCCUCCUCCCGUCCUCGCCGUGGACCGCUUCCUCCACCUCCGCUUCCACAGCAGCCGAGCGAGCCACCACCACCGGCAGGGAAAGCGGAAGGGAAGCACCUCGGCCCCGGCAAGAUGGUGCUCGCACAGCUGGGCGGGAUCUCGCCACGGUGAUCGAUGAGAAGGUGCUCAACGACUGCCUCAACGAGAUCUCACGCGCUCUCCUACAGGCUGAUGUCCAGUUCAAGAUGGUCCGCGACAUGCAGGCCAACAUCAAGCGCAUCGUCAACCUCGAGGCGCUUGCCGCAGACACCAACAAGCGCCGCAUCAUGCAGCAGGCUGUCUUCACGGAACUCUGCAACAUGCUAGAUCCCGAGAAGCCUUCUUUCACUCCCAAAAAGGGCAAGCCAAGCGUAGUCAUGUUCGUUGGUCUGCAAGGUUCUGGUAAAACUACCACUUGCACAAAAUAUGCUUAUUAUCAUCAGAGGAAAGGAUUCAAACCAGCGCUGUCACUUUGCAGCUACAUGGAAUCUGAUCCAGUAAAAUUUGCUGUUGAGGGUGUGGAGAGGUUCAAGAAAGAAAACUGUGAUCUCAUCAUUGUGGAUACAAGUGGAAGGCACAAACAAGAAGCAGCACUCUUUGAAGAAAUGCGGCAAGUUUCGGAAGCAACACUAUCUUUCCUCAGAAUUAUUGGUCUGCUGCUGUCUUCACUCAGCCUGAAUGAAGGAAAGGAGUCCAUUAUCAAGAUGAACAUGAUCGUUACCACCAACGAGGAUCCAGACAAGGUGAGAAUUUGA